AACCAGAGGACUUGGCCAGUGAGCUCAAAGGAAAGCCAGAAGACUGCAGGGAAAUGGAAUAGAAAAGAAAGCGUCUCUAUAAGAUGGGAACGUUUGGCUGUAUCAACUGUUGCUGAGUAGAGGCAAACGAGAGCCGCGAUCGGCCGGCGCACCAGCUCCUGGCCGCCAGGAGGAAACCCCGAGCGGAGCACGGCCCAGGAGGCCAUGGAGCGCGAAGUGCAGCGGGUUCGCCAGGCGUUCCGGUCCGGCCGGUCGCGACCCCUGCGGUUCCGGCUGCAGCAGCUCGAGGCCCUGCGGAGGAUGGUGCUGGAGCGCGAGAAGGACAUCCUGGCGGCCAUCGGCGCCGACCUGUGCAAGAGUGAAUUCAAUGCAUACAGUCAGGAAGUCAUUACUGUCCUUGGGGAAAUUGAUCUUAUGCUGGAGAAUCUUCCUGAAUGGAUUACUGCUAAACCGGUUAAGAAAAACCUGCUCACCAUGCUAGAUGAGGCCUAUGUUCAGCCACAGCCUCUAGGAGUGGUACUAAUUAUUGGAGCUUGGAACUACCCCUUUGUUCUCACCCUUCACCCACUGGUAGGAGCCAUUGCUGCAGGAAAUGCUGUGAUUAUCAAGCCUUCUGAAUUAAGUGAAAAUACAGCCACGAUCUUGGCAAAGCUCCUCCCUCAAUAUUUAGACCAGGACCUGUAUGUUGUUAUGAAUGGUGGUGUGAAAGAAACCACAGAGCUUCUGAAGCAGCGAUUUGACCACAUUCUCUACACGGGAAGCACUGCAGUUGGAAAAAUUGUCAUGGAAGCUGCUGCCAAGCAUCUGACCCCUGUGACUCUUGAACUGGGAGGGAAAAGUCCAUGUUACAUUGAUAAAGACUGCGACCUGGACGUUGCUUGCAGACGCAUAACCUGGGGAAAGUACAUGAAUUGUGGCCAAACCUGCAUUGCUCCCGACUAUAUUCUCUGUGAAGCAUUCCUCCAGAAUCAAAUCGUGCAGAAGAUAAAGGAAACUCUGAAGGAAUUUUAUGGAGAAAAUAUAAAAGAGUCUCCUGAUUAUGAAAGGAUAAUCAAUCUUCGUCAUUUUAAGAGGAUACUAAGCUUGCUAGAAGGACAAAAGAUAGCUUUUGGCGGAGAGACUGAUGAGGACACACGCUAUAUAGCUCCAACAAUACUUACUGAUGUUGAUCCUGAAACCAAGGUGAUGCAAGAAGAAAUUUUUGGACCAGUUCUUCCAAUAGUGCCUGUGAAAAAUGUAGAUGAAGCCAUAAAUUUCAUAAAUGAACGUGAAAAGCCCCUGGCUCUCUAUGUAUUUUCUCAUAACUCUAAGCUCAUCAAACGGAUGAUUGACGAGACGUCCAGUGGUGGUGUCACAGGCAAUGAUGUCAUCAUGCACUUCAUACUCAAUUCUCUCCCCUUCGGAGGAGUGGGUUCCAGUGGGAUGGGAGCUUAUCAUGGAAAAUAUACUUUUGAUACCUUUUCUCAUCAACGUCCCUGUUUAUUAAAAAGUUUAAAGAGAGAAGGUGUUAAUAAACUCAGAUAUCCUCCCAACAGCCAAUCAAAGGUAGAUUGGGGAAAAUUCUUCUUCCUGAAACGAUUCAACAAGGGAAAACUCAGUCUCCUGCUGCUCACUUUCCUGGGUAUUAUAGCAGCUGUGCUUAUCAAGAAAUACCAAGCUGUGCUGAGGAGAAAGGCCCUGUUGGGUUUUCUGGUAGUUCACAGACUGCGUUGGUCCAGUGGACAGUGAUGAACAGCAGAUUUUAAAGCCCGGCCCUGUGUUAAGAGUGAG